AUGGCUAUAACACAUCCAUUGUCUAAUCCAUGGAUUUUUUGGUUUGAGUCAGGAAAAAGUUCAGAUAGAUCAACUAGUAUUACAACCUUUGGAGAACAAAUACAAACCAUUUGCACAAUAGAAAAUUUCUGGGGAUUUUAUGAGGAUUUUCCAAAUAUCACUUCAGUAUUAAAAGGAAGUGAUUCACAUUUUUUCCGAGAUAAAAUCAGACCAUGUCAAAGUGAUGAUGAAAAUAAAAAUGGUGGUAGACUUGUUUUUUCGUUUGAUCUUAAAACACAAGAACAAACAGAAUUAGUUGAACAAAUUUGGUGUAAAUUAUUGUGUUAUUGUAUUGGUGAAAUUUUUAGUCAACACCAAUUUGUUAAUGGUGUUUCAUUUUCUAUGAGAAGUCAAGCGAGAAUUACUAUUUGGAUAAAAACCAAUGAAUACAUAACAUUAACCAAUUUUGCAAAUGAUUUUAGAAAUGACUUUGCAGUAACAAAUAAGAGCAAGUUCUAUGAUCAUCAAAAGCCAUUAGCAAUACCGAUAGAAGUUUGA